AUGCCAUCAUACCUGCACGGAAAAGCCAAAAGGGGGCAAAUCGUAGAAGCUCGCAGCUGGUACAACGCACGGUGCAAAUGCCGCAAAGGGCAGCUAUUCAGCAUCGCCCGACGUUGCAGCCUCGCCGUGAAAAGCCUUGUAAUUAAAAUUACCCACUCACUAUGCGCUGCUUCGCACCUUCCUUUUACCACCUUUCCACCGCCGUUGCUUGGAGCCGUCAUCCGUGCUGGUUCGUUCGGAUUCCUUUUGGUUGCGCUCUGCCGUGUCCCAUCCUCUGCACCGUGUAGCAAAGGUUUUGAUCGUUCGUCAGGUGACCCCUAUCCAAAGUCCUGUGUGCAGGGUCAAAUUUCUUUGUCAAGAGGAAUGCCCGUUGGGCGAAUACUUGGCUUCUGCGGGACGGCAAGAGACUGUCUGCCGUGA